UCCCCCCGCCUCCCCUUCCUCCUCCUCCCCUCACCCACUCCCCGCUGGGCCGGGCAUGUCCGGAGUUUCGGACGCCCCCGGGGAGGGGGCGGAGGUUCCCCUCCUGUUGGUGACCUCUCCGGCCGACAGGAAGACCUUGGCCCCCUCCGGCAGCAGCAGCAGCAGCAAGUAUGUGAAGUUCAACGUGGGGGGCUUCCUGCACUACACCACGGUGCAGACCCUCUCCAAGCAGGAGACGGCCCUCAAGGCCAUGUCCGAUGGCAACACGGAGGUCCUGCGGGACCAGGAAGGUUGGAUCCUGGUCGACAGGAGUGGACAGCACUUUGGCACGCUGCUUAACUACCUCCGAGAUGGAUCCAUCCCCCUCCCUGAAGCAGUGCGAGAAAUCAAGGAACUGCUUCUUGAAGCGAAAUACUACCUCAUCGAAGGGCUGGUGGAGGACUGUCAGCAGGCACUGAAGCGUCGGAUUGAGUCCUGUGAAGCUGAAUGUCGAAUUCCGAUGAUAACAUCAGCAAAGGAGGAACAGAAAAUCAUCUCAGCUUCUGCCAAGCCGGUGGUGAAGCUGGUGCACAACCGAAGCAACAACAAGUACUCGUACACCAGUAACUCAGAUGAUAACUUGCUGAAGAACAUCGAGCUGUUUGACAAACUGGCCCUGCGAUUUAACGGGCGCAUCCUCUUCGCCAAGGACGUGCUGGGCGAUGAAAUCUGCUGCUGGUCGUUCUACGGACAGGGAAGAAAGAUUGCCGAAAUCUGCUGCACCUCCAUUGUUUAUGCAACCGAGAAGAAGCAGACCAAGGUGGAGUUCCCUGAGGCGCGGAUCUUUGAGGAGACCCUGAACACCCUGAUGUACGAGAGCCCCCGGCCCCCGGAGCGAGCGCUGCUGGAGGUCACGGGGUCCGGGGGUCAGCAGCACAGCGACGAUGAGGACCGGCGGGUCCGGAGGGAGCGAGUCCGGAGGAUCCAUGUGAGGCGCCACAUCACCCACGACGAGGGUCCCCACGGGCAACCGGCCAUCUUCAAGGACUGAGCGAGGGAGGGAGGGAGCGAGAGGGACAGGCUGCCCCCCUUCCCUCUCAGCCCCCACACGCUCCCCCUGCUCCCUGGACCCCCGGGGCCAGGCUCGGGGCUGGAGGAAGACGGAGAGAGUGAGAGAGAGGCAAAGCGCAGGGGGAGAUUUACCCCCCCCCCCCCCAGCGCACGCCGAGCAACUGUUCCCUCCCUUCCUCGCUCACUCCCUCCCUCUCUCCCCGCUUCUCGCUCUCCCCCAUCGCCCUCUCUACCCCUCCACCUCACUCUUUUACCCCUUGUCUCCGUCACUCACUCCGCAUCCCACUCGCAAGUGCUCUCUCUCUCUCUCUCUCUCUCUCUCUCCCUUUCUCUUUCUCUCCAUCUCUCCCUGCCUCAUGCACUUUCUCCAUUUUGCUCUCUCUCUGUCUCUGUCUCUCUGUCUCUCUCUCUCUCACUCU